AUCAUUUCAUUUCCUGUUUUCGUUUUUUUUUUUUCCAACUCGGUACUGAAAGUACCAAAGUUUAUUUCACGCGGAUGUCGUUACUGUGAGGUUCUUGGCUUUCACCAUGUCGGCCGCCACGCAUCAGAGUAGGCGGCGACGCACCCCCAAAAUGUACAUACUAACGUCCGACUUCAAAGUACAAGACCACCUGGACGGUACCAUUCGUCUGCAAAGGGGGAAUCUGUGCCAAGAGCAGGAGGGUGGAGGGGAGCGUGGUGGGAGGGGGGACUUUCUAUGGGUGAAGGUUGUAGACAAUGGCGCAAUGGUGAAGCUUGAUAAGCACUUGUUAAAUGAAAUACCUGCUGAUCAGGCCGGCUUGCUGGAGCCUAUUACGGACCUUGAGUUGCGCUUCAAACUUCUUUCCAAACCACACCGGCUGAACAAACUAACAGGUUUGCCCUUGGGUUCGCCCGUGCUAGUGCGGUGUGGCCAAUCACCAGACCUGGUUGAAGCUGAACUCCGUUACCGUGGCCCCUUAAUGCGAGGUAGCGGAGCCGUGUAUUUUGGGGUCCAACUUAAAGGAUCGGCUGUGGGCAGGGGCACCAGUAAUGGGAAUUACAAAGGCCACCAACUUUUCACCUGCCCUGAACAGUGUGCCCUUUUUGUGUCAGCCAGCGAUAUCACACUAUAUCGAUUCACUCGAAGCAGCAGUUCUGGCGAUAACGAUCCUCAGCAAACCGAACUAAACAGACCAAUCCAGAGCAACCAGAGCUCUAGUCACAUUCCAAAUUCAGUUAAUGUCUUAGCACGUACCGCCGAAUCGGUGCCAGCUAACACUUGCUUACCCCUGGGGCAAAGGAUCUACUUCACACAGGACAAGGUGCAUCACUGGGGCACGGUGCAGUACUGUGGGCAGCUUCCUGGCCGUUCAUCCUCAGGAGGAGUGUAUGUGGGAGUUUUGCUGGACAAUCCAGUAGGAAACUGGGAUGGUUACUAUAGAAACUACAAGCUCUGCUCCAUUCCCUCUCCCAUAUUCGGCCAUCUUCUUCCCUUCUCCAAAGUGAUUGCAGAACCAAGAUCAGAAUGCACUCCAGAAAUCCCUCCACUUCCUUCCCCCCAAAACGCCCACCAGCCUUCUUCACCUACUCAUAACUGGCACCUUCAACAGACCACAAUACCUGCAAAUGCCAGCCACAAUCCCAGACUUCUAAUAGAGCCUUCCAUGCUAGCUAUGGCCAAAUCUGCUUUACAACCUUCAAUAUCACAGGCAGUUCCAAAAGUGGCUCUGAAGCCUCCACCUGUUAAAUCCGUUUUCAGACCACCUCCUGUUCCACCUAAUAAGCCCCAAGUCCCACCUGUUUCCCCCUCCACUGACCAUACUUCAAAUGGAUUUCAUAAUCCACCCUCUCCACUAAUUUCAGAAAAAGUAGAGCCUAACUCGUGGUUAGAGGUUGGGUCUAUGGUCGAGGUGAACGACCCACCACUUUUUGGAGUCAUUCGAUGGAUUGGAUACAUCAGUGGAAUUUCGGAGCCAGUGGCUGGUAUUGAACUGGACCAGGAGCUGACCGCUGCCACAGAUGGCAACUACCUUGGAGAGCGUCAUUUCCGUUGCCCCCCUAACAAAGGACUGUUCAUCAAACUUCGUAACUGUAGGCGAGACUCCAGAUUUCCCAUCCCAGAAACACCAAUAAAUCAGGUGGACCGCUGCAAUUCGAUUGCAUUCGCACAAUGGGGCAGUAAGCGUGUGGAGGAGAACACACCACCUCUGUUGGGUCAGGAGGCUCGGCAGUUGUAUGAAGGUUUUAAGAAAGGUAUCCAGGGUCAUCUCAACUCCUGCUACCUGGAUGCAUCGCUCUUCAGUCUGUUCUCAUGCUGCAGUUCAGUCGACUGGGUUUUGUUUUGCCCCUGUAAUGAAGAUCGCAGCAAAGGUGCUCAGGAAUUACUGCGCUGUGAAAUUGUCAAUCCUUUACGCAGGUUUGGAUACGUGUGUGCCAGUAAGACUAUGGCGUUGCGGAAGCUUUUGGAAGCCGAGACUACAGACACGGGCUUUACUAACGAGGAAAAAGAUCCUGAAGAAUUCCUCAACAAGCUUUUCCAGCUCCUCCGGGUGGAACCACUUCUAAAGAUUAGAUCUUUAAGCCAGGAGCCACAGGAAUGCCACAUUUAUCAGCUUUUUCCUCCUACGCUUCCCUGUCCAUCCUCACCAAUUCAAUCUCCACCCUUGCCUUCUUUCUCUCCAACUCUCUCACCAAUCCCACUAUCUUCAUCUUCAGUUGGACUCAUGAGGGUUGCCAGUGUGCAGACACUACUGGAAUCAUCCUUCAUGCAUUCGGGGCUUAAAUUCACAGAGGCUCCGUCCUGCCUUCCUCUGCUUAUGCCACGCUUCGGUAAAGAGUUUAAGAUGUUUGAUGCCAUUCUGCCCUCCCUCACGCUCGACAUCACCGACCUUCUGGACGAGACUCUUCGACAGUGUAGUAUAUGUCAGUCAGUGGCAGAGUGGGAGUGUUCACAGUGUUAUGAGGAUCUGGACAUCACACCUGGCCAGUUAAAACAAUAUUGCAACACCUGCAAUGCACAAGUUCACGCGCACAAGAAGCGCCAGCCACACAAGCCAGCCAAGGUCAAACUGCCCAAGGGCACGUGGGAGGGCCCGGUUCAUGGAGCUCGCCAGCUGUUAACUCUCUUCGCCGUGACGUGUAUCGAGACCAGUCACUACGUGAGCUUCGUGAAACACGGGCCCCUCCCUACCGACUGGCUUUUCUUCGACAGUAUGGCCGACAGAGAGGGAGGAGAGAACGGAUUCAACGUGCCACAGGUGAGGGCGUGUCCGGAGGUGGGACGCUACCUGAGUCUGUCAAAGGUCGAGCUCAGCCGCCUGGACUCCAGCGUACUGAAAGAGCCGGUUCGAAGAUUGCUCUGCGACGCCCACAUGUGCCUUUAUCACUGCCCUGAACUGAGCCUGUAUAAGUGAAGACGAAAGACCUCAAGUGAUGUCUCGAAUGCAUUCGAGUCUUCUUAUGGAGCGACAAAAGGAGAUGAGGGGAUUGAGACCGAGAGUCGAAGGAUCUGGAGGAGAUGCAGUACAUAUUUGUCCUACAUUUGAGACUGACUUUUUUUUUUUUUUUAUUUCCACAAGAAAAUUCAGGUGUUUACAUUUGUCCGAGUAUUUUUUAUUUUUUUUUUUUUGUCAGCUUCUUUCAGCAUUCAUAUUGAAUCAUUCACUUUUAUUUUCAUUUCACACGUAUUGAAGUUGUAGCAACAUAAACAUGUAGCAACAGUAUACUGAUGUAUAUAACUGACAGCUCGCUAAUGUUAUGGGUAUAAAAUCCACUUUUCAAACGCG